AUGGCAGAAGGUAUCCUGGAGACAUUCAUCACCAGCCGUGGUCACAACUGCCUUCACGGCAACGUUCACCGUGGGCAUCGUGGAGGCCACUGGCACGUUCGGGAAUGGAAAAAUGAAGGCAGCAAAAGAUACAUGUGCACUGGCCGGCCUGGCUGGUUGACUGUGUCACUUCGUGUUGGAAAGUAUAAGAAGAUUCAUAAGAACAUCAUGAUCAACUUAAUGGAUGUUCUAGAAGUGGACAGUGAAAGACAGAUUGUUCGUGUGGAACCUUUGGUGACCAUGGGCCAGUUGACUGCACACCUGAAUCCCAUGGGCUGGACUAUUCCUGUGGUACCAGAGCUUGAUGAUCUUACAGUAGGUGGCCUGAUCAUGGGAACUGGCAUUGAGUCUUCAUCCCAUAUAUAUGGACUUUUUCAACAUACCUGCGUAGCCUAUGAACUUGUUCUUGCUGAUGGAAGCCUUGUGAGAUGUUCACCAACUGAAAAUUCAGACCUAUUUUAUGCAGUGCCUUGGUCUUGUGGUACUCUGGGUUUCCUGGUUGCAGCAGAAAUAAAAAUGAUUCCUGCCAAGAAAUAUGUCAAAAUACAUUAUGAGCCUGUGAGAGGACUGCAGAAGAUUUGUGAAAAGUUUACUGAAGAAUCUAAGAAAAAGGAGAAUAGUUUUGUGGAAGGACUUGUGUAUUCUUUGGACGAAGCAGUCAUCAUGACGGGAGUCUUGACUGAUGAAGCUGAGCAAAGCAAGAUAAACAGAAUUGGCAACUACUACAAGCCGUGGUUCUUUAAGCAUGUGGAGAAGUAUUUGAAAGCUGACAGGACUGGAGUAGAAUACAUUCCCUCAAGACAUUAUUACCAUAGACAUACACGCAGCAUCUUCUGGGAGCUCCAAGAUAUCAUUCCUUUUGGCAAUAAUCCUGUUUUCCGUUACCUGUUUGGCUGGAUGGUUCCUCCAAAAAUCUCACUGUUAAAACUCACACAAGGAGAAGCUAUUCGAAAGUUGUAUGAGCAACACCACGUUGUGCAGGACAUGUUGGUGCCAAUGAAGAGCCUUGAAAAAUCUAUCCAAACCUUCCAUGUUGACCUUAAUGUGUACCCUCUGUGGUUAUGUCCUUUCAUAUUGCCCAAUAAUCCGGGUAUGGUCCACCCGAAAGGGGAUGAAGCAGAACUCUACGUGGAUAUAGGAGCUUAUGGAGAGCCCAAAAGGAAACAAUUUGAAGCCAGGGCUUCAAUGAGGCAAAUGGAAAAGUUUGUAAGAAGUGUGCAUGGUUUCCAGAUGCUGUAUGCAGAUUGCUAUAUGACCCGUGAGGAGUUCUGGGAUAUGUUUGAUGGUUCGUUAUACCACAAGCUGAGGGAGCAAAUGAAUUGCAAGGAUGCCUUUCCAGAAGUGUACGACAAAAUCUGCAAAGCUGCGAGGCACUGAGCCUGGAUGAUCUAAUGAAGCAAUCAGGGAAAGAUUAAUUUACCUAUAGCUAGUCAGUAUAUCCUUUAAAAAAAAGCUUUAUUGUUCUCCAAAUAAGCUCAUUCUUGUUGAUGUUUGGAGGUAUGAAUUCCUGCUUUAUAAAUUUAUGUUUAAUAUUUGUUCAUAUGUUUUAAAGACAGUUUUCCAUACUCAAAGUGAUUGUUUUUAAGAAAUCUUGAAGUGCUAGCCUUUGUAUCUGAUGUAGUGACAUAGGUGAAUUCACCUAUUUCCAAGAAAUAAUUGGGAAGGAUGAAAAUACUGGAGUUACACCAGCUGUAUACUAUAGCUAUAUUUAACAUUACUUUUGAAAAUGGUAGGGAGGGAUCAGAAAUAGGUGCCAAAGCCAAACGCAUUGUCAAAUUAAUCAUGAUGUUAAAAACAUUUGCCUCUGGUCAGUAACCUGUAGAACAGCUUAGCAAUGGUACCAUAACCUUCCGGCUGUCCAGCGCUGCAUGGUGUUGUGUGGUACUGUCCUGCUUGGGUUGUACCGUACUGUAAUCUCAACAGAGCAGUUAAACUCCCAAAUAGUGGCUUCGGUUUCAAAACUGAGCAUCAAGGUGUGAAGAAAAUGCUUUUUACUUGUGCCUAUCAGAUUUGUACUGAUUUUGAUUAUAAAGUGUAAGUGGACGUAGGGUUUAGGUACUCUGUAAUUGGCUAACAGUGCAUUGGUUUUUUGCCCCAAAAUAUCAAUGCUCUGGCUUCGCAGACUACUGAAAAAAUUGCUGCUAUUUCAUAUAGCCAAGUUUUCGUUUCUGUUUGUACUUGUUGUGGGUCAAUUCAUUUGGAUUAUUUUGGGUUUGGUUGGGGGGGGGGGAUUGGUUGUUGCUUAAUUUUAGUGCCUUAUAAAUACUCAGUUGGAGGAAGACGUGGGUUAUUUCAGACCGUUCUGUCCUGGCCAGUAAGAAAAGGGAGUCAAGGCUUUAUUUAUAUGAGGUUUGUUAGAGCAAGUGGCUGUGGAUAAGAAGAACUCUUCUUGUGAAUGUUGAUACACACAGGCUUUGGUUCUGACUCGAGUGACAUUUUUGCUUUUUGUUUUAGCUGGAUUAGAUUGAUAGGCUUUGUAAAAGGACUGUUUCAGUCACCUGGAGGGGAAAUUAACAGCAAGUACUCUUCAGUUCCCCCUUCUGCCGCUCG